AUGGAGAAGCAGAAAUCCAACAUGAACAGCAAUAAAGUGAAAUUGAUGUGCAGUUAUGGAGGAAAGAUUCAGCCCAGGCCAACGGACCAUCAACUCUCCUACAUCGGCGGCGACAUCAAAAUCCUCACCGUCGAUCGAAACAUUAACUUCUCCGAAAUGGCAGCCAAACUAAAUUCCCUCUGCAACAUCAAUAACAAUUCCGAGGUUUGCAUAAAGUACCAGUUACCCGGCGAGGAUCUUGACUCCUUGGUCUCCUUAAUCAACGAUGAGGAUGUCGAGCAUAUGAUGGUGGAGUACGACCGCAUGCUCACGAUUUCAACCAAACCUGUCCGACUCAGGCUUUUCAUCUUCGAUAUAUCAAGUCCUCGAAUCCCUUCUGCGAAUUCGGGUAACAAAAAUUCGGAUCCGGACACCCCUCUGAACCCGGAUUAUUUAUUUGGAUUUGAUAAGGAGUAUCAGCCAAGUAUUGGACCUCCGCUAGAUAUUCUGCAAAUUCCGGGUAUGGUUCUCCCCGAGAAUUUUGGGGUGGAUGCCGGUGCCGGAAUUGAGGUGAAGAGGGAAAUUAAUAAUGUGAAUGCGGCGGCGGCGAAGGCGGUUUACCGGAUACCAGUGGUGGCUGAUGGAGCUGGACGAUAUGGAUACAGAGUGGGGCCGGGCGCCGUUAAUUUUAACGGCGAGCAAGCUUUAUAUAAUUUUGUUGCAGUGACGCCGUCAGUAUCAGUUCCGGAGCGUACAAUGCUGACGUCAAUAGGAAAUGGUCACGGGAUGAAGAUUAAUCAGCGUAAUAUUUGA